AUGACUCCAAAGCGCAGCGCCCGCGGCUUGGCGCACCCCCUCAGUCCAACAAGCUCAACCGGGAGCAACGACCUGGGUCCCGAACUGCUCAAUGCCAUAUUCAGCAAGCUCUCCCCCAGCCCUAUCUACCUGGCGGCACUCCACUGUGUAUGCAAAGACUGGCGCGACGUGAUGCAGGAGCACACCUAUCAGCAGCUCUGCCUGGAAGCCGCUCCUCGCCUAUGCGAAGCAAUGGGGUACAGCAAGAUCAGCGCGCCCCCAGGUGGAUGGGCGGCAGUUUUCCAGCUCCUGGUCUAUUGCCCCGGGCUCCCUUCGUUACUAUACACAACUGCAAGGGGGGAAUGGUGGAACCAGCUCGGGCAUGUGCAGAAGAAGACAGGCGGCUUUCUGACGGGAAACGGCGUUGCGUCCGCUUUACAGCUGAAGGAGGCGUUUCACAAAGACGAGCUCUUCGUCACAGGUUUGUGUCAGCACGAGGGGGCGCGGAAAAACGUGUGGGACGAGGACGUGGAGUACAUCUCAGCAAACAACUACUGUAGCUCGGAAUAUGAGGUGGCAGAUGAGGAAGAGGAAGAAGACUCUGACUGGGAAGAACCAGAUGAGGAUGGUUCCGCAGUUAGGGGCUACGUCUGCGGGAACGGACAUCUGACGUUGGGCGCGGUCGGCAACUUUACAGAGCUUGGCGGAACGAAGGUGGCGGGCUCGGGGGAGGGUCUGACGGUGGAGCCUUCCCCCCUCCUCAAAGGGUUGUCCGAGACCUUUGCGCUACAAGAAGAGUUUGAGAACGAGCUCGAGUUUCGGAAGGGCUUGGAUGCGUUCUCUGUCGCCAGGAAACUGAGGAGCCUUGCACGCGGGAUGCGAGAUGGCGUGGUUGCAGGAGAUCAAGGGGAGCUUGAGCAGGGAGAAGAAGCUUUGUUUUCGACAGAGUCGAAGACAAUGGUCGAGAUGGAAGCGGUGUUGCCUGAGUUUCAGAAAAGGCCCUGGGAUACGGUGGUAGCUUUCGAGGAAGAUUUCGAGGACUCCGAGUCGGAAUCGGAACCCGAUGCCAAAGCUGGCGGCAAACCCCCUCUGGGAGACUCCAACUGAUGACGUAGACUUCAUCAUGGAGUCUCUGCAAGGACAUCACCGGGCUGUGCCGAUCGUCCGGAGAUACGCCGCGGGCAGUAAGCGAAGUGCGAAGACUGCUCUAAGGAGAUGGCACCGGCUAAGAAUGCUAGACAGAAGGAGGUCCAAGAUAGUAUCCACGCUCUCUGCAGUAAGAGGCAGGAGAAAGAAGGAGAUUGAGGCUGCGUUAAGGAAUGUGGGGAUACAUCCGGCUGCGGAGUGGGCGUGCGAGAAGUGGCCGGACACCAGCGCAGUCGACAAGUACGCUUCGGACGAGGACUUCAUGAUCGACGAGGUCAUCAGCUGCCAGCGGAAACAACUAGCGGAGGCGGCAGCUAGGAGGGCUGCGGACCCGGUAGGUGCCGAGCGAGAGCGUCUGAGGGCACAGAAAGAGGCGAGGGACUUUGCGCGGAUUCUUCAGCGGGGUGAGAGGAAGCAGCGCUGCAAAGAGUUUCAGAAGUCUAUGAGAUGCCCGGGGUCUUCGAGUGGGGGACAAUGCAGUAGUACUGGUUCGUACACCUGCGCGUUUGUAGCGUGCGCCAAGUGUUGUCCAACGUACCCUGGGGACUGCCCGCGCCACAAAGCCGUGCUCGCCUGAGGCGGUCAGAGUCAGUCCGUUGGAUAGAUCUGCGUUUGCCAAGUGAGAGGGCUUGCGACCUCGAAGUACUGAGAGCACGGCAAUUGGUUCAGAGAGUCGAUGCUCUCUAGGUUGGACGAACUUUGGCAGACGGUCUAGUUCGUUGAACGGAUAGUGCGCGGCAUCAAGUGCCGAGUCUGCAUGGAUAGGUCGAUCAAGGUCGCUCACUGCCAACAUUUUUGGCACAUCUUGUUCCUUGCCAAUUAUCAUGCAGUGUUCAGAUCUCAUCACGAG